GAGACGGUAUAUUUUGGUAUAUUUCUGGGGGUCGGACGGUAUAUUUUAUCAAUAAGUCUGGUGCUUCUGGUGCUGUUUUGGUGCAAUUAUCCAUUGAAAAAAGCAUUUAUAUUCCCUGCACAUUCAUAUUUCCUGCCGUUUGGAUGUGUUGAGUGCAAGUUUCAUUUAUAAAACCAUGCACAUCAUACACUUAGCCACUCCAAUGGCCCAGUGAGCGCACAAAUUCUCGAUCUCUUCGGUUCCCUUCAUGUGUUUACCCUUUGUCUUGCGUUCUAUUUGCGUUUCGUGUUCGCUUCAACUUUAUUCAUUUGCAUAAAUCUCGUGGCUGUAGUAUUAUCUUUACGUCACACGGCCCACGACUGCGGAAUAAAAUCCCCAGAGACAAAGCUGAAACGUCACAUACACGCCCAUACAGAUCCAAAUCCAGUAUAGUAUCCCAGUCCCCGUCCCCAGGAAGCUUUGACCUGCCUUGACCAAUUGGUGGCGUCCCGGGCACAGCUGAGACAGCAGCAGCGCCGGAAUGUGGAAGUGCCACAAGUGCGGCAAACCCGUUUUCUUCGCGGAACGUAAACAGUCGCUCGGCUAUGAUUGGCAUCCAGAAUGUUUGCGCUGCGAGGAGUGCGGCAAGCGGCUGAACCCCGGCCAGCAUGCGGAGCAUAAAGGUGUGCCUUAUUGUCAUGUGCCCUGUUAUGGCGCCCUGUUCGGACCGCAACUCUUUGGUCACGGCACGAGGGUUGAGUCACACAAGAGCUACGGCAUCAAGGGGGCCCAGAAAUCAACUGGCGCGCAACCGAAUGGACCCACACUGCCGCGCGAUCACUUUGAGUCGAAGCUGAAGCUCUACAAUCAAUUCUACGACAAUAAAAGCCUGGAGAUACGUAGCCGCGAGGUCAAUAACCGCUUGAUACUGGAGGGUGCGCUGCGCGUCUAUUGGGGAGUGCAAGGAGUUAUCCACCUCAAGGAAGACGAUGAUCAGCGCACAUUUGUUGUGCGCAAGAGGAACUCCUGUCGAACCUCCAAAGCGGAUGACAGCAGUUCAGACAAGGAGAACGAGGCUAGCGAAUCGCUGGCUCCGCCCACAACCACAACCGGCGAGGUAGAUGCGCUCUCCACCGAUGUGUCGCUGUCGGAGAGCAUGACCUUCGACUCUUGCAGCUUGAACGAAAUAUCCGAACUGCCAACAACACCCGAAGAUGCCUCUGCCAAUACAACCGGAAACAGCAAAGAGGUCACAAAUGGAAAGGUCUCAAAUGACGACGAGGACACAACCACAACGGACUCUUCAGGCACUCUGGUGGAGGGUGCGACGGCCAGCACCAGUUGUGUGUCUAGCACGCUGCCGUCCAAACUGGACAAUCUGGAGAAGCUCGACUGGGAUGAUAUUGACGAUCUGCUGCAGGUUGAAAGACGUCAUAAUCACAAGGAUAAGAUCUAUGAAACGAUGCCGGUGAAGCUGCCUUCAUCGCAAUCCUCCAGCGACAGCUCCCCCAGCAAAACAUCCACUGACAGCACUACGACCACCACAGACUCAAGCUCCACGCCAUCGGCCACCACCAGCAACAACAACAGCAGCAGCACAACAGACAACUUUAUGACCGCCACGGACUCGUUCACGACCAACACAACCACCCAAAACACAACUACAGUGAGCACCACUGCCACGACGCUGGACAACUACGAGACCGCUGACGAUGCUACUUUGAAACCGAUGGAUUUUGAGGACUUCAAACGUAGCGUACAUCAAGACUAUGUCAAUGGAACGAACUCCUUCAAGGAACCAAACGAUGGGACACUAAAGCGCAAUCAGCCGAUAGAUCCCUCUCGGAUACACGACUCCCUUAAGCUUUACGGCGAGAACUCGGUGAUGAGCAAGAGCUUCAACUGCGAGCAUGCCCUUCGCUCCCACAUUGAUCCAUCGCUCAUUAAUGAUACCAUGAACUUGCGCAGCAGCGUAGGCUCUCCACGGUCUGCGCAGCGGCAGUACGCCUUGCAAAAGAGCGGAUCGGCGUCCGCAUCAACGGUGCCCAGCAAGGAGCAGAGGAAGCCAUAUCAGCAGGGUCGACAGCUCUUCGAAAAGGGAAUAAAUCGAUCCAAAUCGGGACCCAGUUGCUUUGUGUACUCGGACAGCGAUGACGACGAUGACAACACGCUUCGUCCGCAGCGUCUGGCCACCAUAAGACGCAGUGAUGUGCCUUCCCGUUUCAUUAAAAUCCAAAUGGACUGCUAUCCCAAAGAGAAUGCUGCUGCCGGCGGCGGCGGCUGCGGCAGCGAGGGAGAGUCGAGCCGCGCCGAUGCUCCGUCCAUUACAAGCGGAGCUGCUGCCGGUGAUGAACUGACUCAAACAGAGGAGCUCUAUACGGCCAGCGAUGGGGCAGCAGGUGCUGGAGGGGAUUCAAUUGGCACGUCUGGCUUGCAUGUAACCGAGGAUGGAGUGGUUCUGAGGAGACCGCCGCGCACUGGUGCCGCAGCCAUCAAACGACGCAGUGGCAAUCGGCGAUCUCGUACCAAACUGAAACGUCGGUGCUCCAUUAAUGGCCAUUAUUACAAUCGGGAGACGUCUUUCUUCACUCCGCCCUAUGGCUCUCAGAUGUCUGUGUGGGUCUCGUCGAUGGUCACCACCCCCGAGGUCAUCAAUUUGGUGCUCGAAAAGUAUAAGGUGGAUAUGGCCCCUGAGAACUUUUCGCUCUUUAUAAUGCGCGACAACGGGGAGCAGAAGCGGCUCAAGGACGAAGAAUAUCCCUUGGUGACGCGCGUCACCCUGGGACCGCACGAGGAUGUGGCUCGUUUGUUUUUGGUGGAUACUCGUAAAACUGAUGAAAUCAGUAAUGAAGUUGCUCAAUUUUUGAAUCUAUCGCUGCCCGAAUGCCGUGCCAUUCUGGAACGUUACGAACAGGAAAUGGAUCGCGAGGUGGCCAAAAUAAAGGAGAGAUACGCCGAGCUGCGUCGCCGCAUUGUGAGCCGAAUGGAAUCUCUAAAAGUGCAUUUGUAAGCGCAAAAGGAAUCUCGAAAAGUAGCAGAAGUUUUUGAAUAGCCAUAAAUAUCAAUUCGGCCAAAAAAAUAGGCGUCGCCAGCAGCUAAGCCAAAAGUAUUCACUUUUUAUACAAAAACAAAACAAACAAAAAAACCAUAUAUAUAUUUUUAUGUAGCAUUUAGAACAAAUUACGAAUUAGCAACAUUAGGCGCCCCAGUGAACAAAAAACAAAAAAAAAACAACCAACGAAAAAGCAAAGCAGCUGCUGCAGGUCGCAGAAAUCUCUAUAAUUACGGUCGUUUCUUCCCAGCCGAAACUAACAAUUACGAUCCAGGCAUUUCCAUUUUGUUUAGAAAGCGUUUAAGACUUGUAACUAACCAAAAAAUAAUUAUUAAUCCAUGUACCACAUUACCAUGCGAA